CAACACCACCGAUCAGCCUGACAAGAACAGCCAUUGUGUUCUGUUACAAUCUCACUUCCUCUCUUUACAUGGUGGUUUACUUCUCACCAAAAUAGCCAGCGAUUGCAUUCUGGGGUGGGGGGCAAAGAGGGAGCAGGAGGGAGGGAAGAAGGAAGAGAGGGGGAGGAGGAAAAGGAAGAGUGGAGGGGCGAUUGACUGAGAUGCCCAGUAUUUCUCAGAGUGUCCCACUGUUGUGUUUUAUUCCACCAGUGGGACAGGCACGAAGGGGCCUAUGCUGUGUAUGACCUUCAGUCUUUCUGGAGGGGUUUAUUUUUUUGUAGAGACACACUGUCAUUUUUCUCUAUUGCUCAGUUUAUACUUGCUGUCAUACAGAUAUCAGAGCUGGGCCACGUUUACUGGACCCCCGAGCCACAGAGUAACAGCCCACUCAUUCAUCUGAAGAGGACAAGACCACAGAAGACUCAACUGAAGACAGUCUCACAAGUCAGCAGUCACACAGUGUAGGUGAGGAGUAAUGGGGGACUGGAGUCUCUUGGGUAAUUUCCUCGAAGAAGUGCAGGAGCACUCUACGUCGGUUGGGAAGGUGUGGUUAACCGUGCUGUUCAUCUUCCGUAUCCUGGUGUUAGGCACAGCGGCAGAGUCAUCAUGGGGCGACGAGCAGUCCGACUUUAUGUGUGAUACUCUACAACCUGGUUGCACCAAUGUCUGUUAUGACCGAGCUUUCCCCAUUGCUCAUAUCCGCUACUGGGUGCUGCAGAUCGUCUUCGUAUCGACACCCUCCCUCAUCUACAUGGGCCAUGCCAUGCACACCGUCCGCAUGGAGGAGAAGAGAAAACAAAAGGAGCAGGAGGAGAAGGCAGAGGCGGGAAAAGGAGAGAAGGAGUAUCUGGAACAUAAAGAGAAAUUCGAAAAUACAAAGACAAAAAUCCACCUGAAGGGGGCACUGCUGCAGACAUAUGUUCUGAGCAUUGUGAUCCGCCUGGUCAUGGAAGUGACCUUCAUUGUGAUUCAGUACAUGAUGUACGGGAUCUUCCUGGAUGCUCUGUAUCCAUGUUCAAUGCUUCCCUGCCCCAACCCUGUGAACUGUUACAUGUCCCGUCCAACUGAGAAAAAUGUCUUUAUUGUGUUCAUGCUGGUGGUUGCAGCUGUUUCGCUCCUCCUCAGCGUCAUAGAGUUAUAUCACCUUGGAUGGAAACAGUGCAAAAAAUGCCUUAGGAAACAUGCUGACAAGCAUGCCAAUGACAAAAUUCAAAACGUCAAAGCUGUUUCUGCAAUUGAACCGAUCAGGACAAGCAUUCCAAUGGAUCUGGCUGAGAACAUCCAGCCUCGUCUUUCUCAAACCUGCACUCCACCUCCAGAUUUCAACCAGUGCUUAAGAUCAAACCAAGGUCCAACAUCUCCUCCACAUCUUCAUUCUCACCAUCUUCAUCACAUCCACCAAACCUGCCAGCCCUUCACCAACCAUCUGGCACACCAGCAGAACUCCGUCAACAUGGCCGCCGAGCGGCAUCACCACAGCCAUGAUGGCCUGGAGCCAGCCGUGGACUUCCUGCAGAUGCAUUAUGGGAGUCCUGAGGCUCGGGUUCGAAGUGAAAUGACACCCAGUACCCCUUCCACACCAUCCUCCCAUCCAGGGUUCUUCAGAGACAAGCGCCGGCUUAGCAAGACCAGUGGUACUAGUAGUAACCGACUCAGACCAAGUGAUCUGGCCGUGUAGAUCGUGAAAGUGGCAGUUUCUGAGGAAAAGAAGCUGGAAGCCUUAAGAUGAGAGAUGUGAGUUUGUGUAUGUGUGUGUUUGAAUAUGCUUGUUUGUUGGUACUAUGAAAUGGGAUUUGGAAUGAGAAAGGACUAAAUACCACCAUAAAACCAAGGCUAAUUAGAAUAAGAUGGGAAGAAUCUGUAUCAGAGCAUUUAAUCUGGUUUCAUUGAAACUGUUGUAAUUGCUGAAGUGUGUAGAUUUUUAUAGGGUGGGAUCAAGUGAUCCUGAAUAAAAUCAGAUGAAUGAAUGAAUGGAUGAAUGGGAGUGUACUACUGUCAUAACUUGGUGACAUUUAGAAGGUAGUACUGGAUAGUACUGUGCACUGAGCCACUGACAUAGUUUAUAUUUACAGAAAAAAACUUCCAUGGUAUGCAUUUCAAAACUCUCAAAUCACACACUGUAUUUGAGCCAAAAGCAAUAAAGCACUUAUGUAAAACAUCUUAUAAUAAAGUUCAUUGCAAACAUGGUAAAUACCCAAUGGUUUAUGAAUUUUUUGUUAGCAAUAAAAUGAGAACAGAUUAGCUUUAAUGAGAAAAUGCUGCAUUUUACUAUAAUGUAUGUGAAGUGAAUUUUGUGAGAGUGUAUGAUAUGGACACAGUGGAUUCAUAAUCACAAUCCAAUUUCACAGAUAUGUUAUUGGGUACAGCUGUGCUGUCACUACCUGACAAAAGUCUUGUCGCCUAUCCAAGAUUUAGGAACAACAAAUAAUAACUUGACUUCUAGUUGAUCAUUUGGUAUCAGAAGUGACUUAUAUGA